GUGCUACGUCAUCUGAGCGAGCCUCUAAAAUGUAGUGACCUUCUUUCGGUCGAGCGGCAGAAUCCGACUCUUCGGGUCCAGAGAGGGAGAGAGAAACACCAUCCGCAGGAAAACAUGGGUGACGUCGAAAAGGGAAAGAAGGUCUUCGUCCAGAAGUGCGCACAGUGCCAUACAGUCGAGAACGGUGGCAAGCACAAGGUUGGCCCCAACCUUUGGGGUCUUUUCGGACGCAAGACUGGACAGGCAGAGGGCUUCUCCUACACAGAUGCCAACAAGAGCAAAGGGAUCACUUGGAAUGAGGAUACCUUAAUGGAGUACCUAGAGAACCCCAAGAAAUACAUUCCUGGCACGAAAAUGAUCUUCGCCGGCAUCAAGAAGAAGGGCGAGCGUGCAGACCUCAUUGCAUACCUGAAGGCAUCCACAUCGUAAUGGUUGAGGAUGAGGAUGGAGAUAUUUAAAUUAAAUGUCUGUAGUUUUGCAUUUUCUGUCUUUUAAACAGCAUCUACUCAAACAGUUACACGCCACUGAACGACCAGGACUAUUCAUUGUGGUUUUAAGUCACGGCAUGCUACUGAUGCCCGUCCAUGAGGAUUCUAAUCUUUUUUUUUGACUACCGCUGAGCUGUCGGCACUGUUUGACUGAGUGUUAUUCCUGUGACUUUCAGGUCAUUUUACCUGGGGGGGGUAAAAUUGUAUCCCCCUGAUUUCACAGGAGUGGGUGCAUGUUAAAUUAUUUUGCUGUACUCUUGGGUCGAAGUGUUGUGGGUUACAUUGCAAGCUAAGGGUGUCUGUCUGCUUAUUGGUAGCCAUGUUAAGUUAUGUACCAGAUGAAACUACUGUCAAUAAAAGUGGAAAAGAUAAA